AUGGUGAAGAUUGGAAUCAAUGGAUUUGGUCGUAUCGGCCGUCUGGUGACCAGAGCCGCGGCAACUGGAGGAAAGAUUGAAGUGGUGGCCAUCAACGACCCCUUCAUAGACCUGGACUACAUGGUUUACAUGUUCAAGUACGACUCGACCCACGGCACCUGGAAACAUGGAGAGGUGAAGGCUGAGAACGGGAAACUCAUCAUUGGGAAGAUGUCCAUCGCAGUCCAUCGCGAGAGGGACCCCACUCAGAUCCCCUGGGGCGCCGCAGGAGCACAGUACGUGGUGGAGUCCACUGGAAUCUUCACCACCAUUGAGAAGGCAUCGGCUCACCUGAAGGGUGGCGCUAAGCGUGUGGUGAUCUCUGCUCCCAGUGCAGACGCCCCAAUGUUUGUGAUGGGAGUGAACCAGGAGAAGUACAACCCCUCCAUGCAGAUUGUCAGUAACGCCUCCUGUACGACCAACUGUCUGGCUCCACUGGCAAAGAUCAUCAACGACAACUUCGGAAUCGAGGAGGGGCUCAUGAGCACUGUGCACGCCACCACAGCGACUCAGAAGACUGUGGACGGACCGUCAGGGAAACAGUGGAGAGAUGGAAGAGGAGCGGGCCAAAACAUCAUCCCUGCUUCUACUGGAGCGGCCAAGGCUGUGGGGAAGGUCAUCCCAGAACUCGACGGUAAACUCACUGGGAUGGCGUUCCGUGUCCCGACUCCAAACGUGUCGGUGGUUGACCUCACCGUCCGUCUGAGCAAACCGGCGACGUACGAUGCCAUUAAGAAGGUGAUGAAGGCGGCGUCUGAGGGACCCAUGAAGGGAAUCCUGGGAUACACGGAAGACCAGGUGGUGUCCUCAGACUUUAACGGAGAUUCUCACUCCUCCACUUUUGAUGCUGGAGCUGGGAUUGCACUCAACGACCGCUUUGUCAAGCUGGUGUCUUGGUACGAUAACGAGUAUGGCUACAGUAACCGUGUGUGUGACCUGGUGCUGCACAUGGCCUCCAUGGAGUGA